AUGAGGUAUUGCAUUGCCGAACCAAGCGAGUACCUCGUGCUCACAGGAGCCGGUAUUGCAGACAUUGAGAUCUGCAAGAAGGCCUGGGUGUGGCCGUGGCAGCGGUGCGCAAGGAUCUCAGUCAUGCCAUUCGAUUUUUCCCUCAGCCUUCAAGCUAUGACAAUUGAAAAGCUUCAAUUUUCACUUCCUGCCGUAUUCACCAUUGGCCCAGAGGACAAGCUGUCGUCCCUCAAGAAAUACGCGCUCUUGCUUAGUGGGAAAACUGGACAUCAACCAUCCACUAGACCAGCUGCAGCAACAGAAGACCUAAAUACGCCAACUACAAGAAAUCAUGUCCAAGAUAUCGUUAAGGGUAUCAUCGAGGGUGAAACCCGGGUCAUUGUUUCGAGUAUGACUAUGGAGGAGAUCUUCAAGGAGCGCCAGAUCUUUAAGUCAAAGGUCAUCAGCAAUGUCCAGAAUGAGCUUGAACAAUUCGGACUGAAAAUAUACAAUGCCAACGUUAAAGAACUCCAAGAUACCAAGGGCAGCGAGUAUUUUGCUUUCCUAAGCCGAAAAGCCCAAGAGGGAGCCUUGAACCAAGCGAAGAUCGACGUUGCAGAGGCCCGCAUGAGAGGUGAGAUCGGCGAGGCUGAAAAGAAGGGACGAACAAAACAAGAAAUAUCGAAGAUUGAUGCAGAGACUGCGGUCCUAGAGACGAAACGCAAGGCCGAAAAGGCUAAGGCCGACUCGGAGCUUUUGAACCGUCAGACAGAGCUUGACUCCCAAGUGGAGAUGGGUAAGAUCAUUGCAAAGCGCCAGACUGAAUCGAGAGAUGCAGAGCUGCAGAAACAGGUUGAGACCAAACGGGCAGAGACAGAGCUCGAGCGCCUCAGGGCUAAGCAGGUCACAAAGAGUAAGGUAGAGCGAGAGUCAGCUCAGGAACAAGCAGACGCGCUGUACUACUCCAAUACCAAGGCCGCCGAGGGGAGACUAUAUGAAGAGAAAAUGGAGGCGGAUGCAAGAUUCUACCGCUCCUGCAAAGAUGAUGAUGCCAUGUUCAACACGAAGAAACGUGAAGCUGAAGGAGUCAUGGAAAUGGCCAAGGCUUAUGGUGCCCUUAUUGAUGUCCUCGGGGGCCCUGAUGCCUUCCUUCAGUGGAAGAUGAUUGAGACUGGCAUGUACGAGAGACUGGCUCUGGCAAACGGUCAAGCCAUCCAAGGCCUUCAACCAAAGAUCACCACAUGGAAUACCGGAGGCAAGUGGCCAAGGCUCUUCACCAUUGGACCCCACUAA